UUUCAAUUUUUUGAAUCAGGGCAGGGCAGCAUUUGAUUGAGGCAGAGAGAGAGAGAGAGAAGAAGAAGGGGAUGGCGAUACUUUACGCGCUGGUGGCGCGUGGCUCGGUUGUGCUGGCGGAAUUCAGCGCUACUUCCACCACGGCGAACGCGAUCGCGCGUCAAAUUCUCGAGAAAAUCCCCGGUAACAAUGAUACCAACGCCUCCUACUCGCAGGAUCGCUACAUUUUUCACGUCAAGCGCACCGAUGGCCUCACCGUCCUUUGUAUGGCCGACGACACUGCCGGAAGGAGAAUUCCUUUUGCAUUUCUUGAAGAAAUUCAUCAGAGAUUCGUCCGGACAUAUGGUCGAGCUGUAUUGUCCGCGCAGCCAUAUGCUAUGAAUGAUGAUUUUUCAAGGGUCCUCAGCCAACAAAUUGAGUAUUUCUCAAGUGAUCCUAAUGCUGACAGGAUAAACCGGCUUAAAGGUGAAAUGAGCCAGGUUCGGAAUGUCAUGAUUGAGAACAUUGAUAAAGUUUUGGAUAGAGGUGAUCGGCUAGAAUUAUUGGUUGAUAAAACUGCCACUAUGCAAGGGAACACUCUUCGCUUCAGGAAGCAAGCUCGCCGUUUUAGAAACACUGUAUGGUGGAGAAAUGUCAAGCUUACGAUUGCGUUGAUAUUCCUUCUCCUGGUAAUAAUCUAUGUCGUGUUGGCUUUUGUUUGCCAUGGCCCCACUCUUCCGUCUUGCCUGUAAUGAGGUCUGGCCGAGUGACAUCUGGAUGCUAUUUCUCUUUUCUCUUUCUUCUGUUAAGUGUUUGCUCAAUUCUUCCACUUCAUAUCUCCUUGAUAUGCCUAAAGAAGUUGUUGCUUUUAUGGUCUUGAUUCCCUGGUUUGAGAUUUAGUCAUGUGUAAAGCUUUCUCUGUAGGGCUCCAGCUCUAUCUAGAUGUUUUGAAUUCCACAAAGUAUUUUCAAGCAUAUUUGAAAUGGUUGGUUUGUUUUGUAAUCGACAUUUGUGGAUAUAUAUAAGUCAUGAGUGUUGUUCGUUUGA